AGUAGAAACAGUGAAAUGUUGCUUUUAUUCACAUUUCCAUGUAAGCUGUACAAAAAAAAGGUACAAAGGUGGUCUUCGGGUCAAAAUGACCCCUGAGGCAAAAAGAGUUGAAAUCAAGGUCACAGAGUUAUUUACACACCACAGAAUGUUACAAUGUUUUAGUUGUUUUAGUCAAUCAGUAGCAGAAGUAAACAAGACAAAUCAUGUGGUCUUCUCGCGGACUGCUGUGCCUUUGAUCAGUCUCAGAUCAAUUAGUAGUAGACGUGAACAAGACAGUAGCAGAAGUAAACAACACAAAGGCGUUCUCGCAGACUGCAGGGGGGGAGGCAGCUGUGGAUUUCCAGAGAUUAUAAAGGUGCUGCAGAUGACAGGGCCCCGAAUUAUGUCUGUGCUGAAGCCAUGAGUGUGCGUUAUACCGCCGAAGAGGCUCUAGAGCUGAUUUUUUCAGAUGUCCAGCAAGACAACUCUGAUUCAGAAGAGGAAGUGGAGGAUGUAUCAGAAGAAGAAGAUGGGGAGGAAUACAACCCAGAGCAUGAUGAAUCAUCUUCAGAAGAAGAAGAAAACCCUGAAGCUGAAAGAGAGACUUUCCUUUCAAAAAAUGGCAAAAUAACAUGGUCUUCAGCAGCAUAUGACCAACACGGCAGGCAUGCAGAACAAAACGUCAUAAAGAUGACCCCAGGACCCACAAGGUAUGCUGUUUCUCAUGCCCAUGACAUUGUCUCUACAUUCUACCUGUUUAUCACACCAGCAAUAGAAAAAAUAAUCCUGGAGAUGACAAAUCUGGAGGGUUUUCGCAAAUAUGGAGACAGCUGGAAAAAGAUGGAUGAGACUGACCUGCAGGCCUACUUAGGGCUGCUAAUCUUAGCCGGUGUAUACAGGUCCCGAGGUGAGGCUGCAGCUAGUCUAUGGGAUGCAGAGAGUGGAAGGGCAAUUUUCCGAGCCACAAUGCCACUCAAACUCUUUCACACCUACUCAAGACUGCUACGAUUUGAUGACCGUGAGUCAAGACCAGCAAGACGUGUGACAGACAAACUUGCAGCCAUAAGAGAGGUCUGGGACAAGUGGGUGGAGCGGCUGCCCUACCUCUACAAUCCAGGGCCUGACGUAACAGUGGAUGAGCAACUGGUUCCAUUUAGAGGUCGUUGUCCUUUCCGGCAGUAUAUGCCCAGCAAGCCAGCAAAAUAUGGGAUCAAGUCAUGGGUGGCUUGCGAUGCCAAAUCAAGCUAUGCUUGGAAAAUGCAAGUCUAUACCGGGAAGCCGACCAGUGGAUGCCCAGAGAAGAACCAGGGGAUGCGAGUUGUGCUUGAUGUGACAGAGGGACUGAGGGGUCACAAUCUGACAUGUGACAAUUUCUUCACAUCUUAUGAACUCGGACAGCAGCUCCUGAAGAGGAAGAUCACCAUGGUUGGUACAGUUCGGAAGAACAAGCCUGAGCUCCCACCUGCACUGCUUGCGUCAAAGGAGAGAGAGGUUUUCUCAUCAAAGUUUGCCUUCACGCCCACCGCCACUCUAGUUUCUUACCUCCCAAAGAAAAACAAGAAUGUAGUUCUUCUGAGCACACUGCACACAGACGGUGACGUUAGCGAUCGUGAGGACAGGAAGCCAGUCAUCAUCCUAGACUACAACUGCAACAAGGGAGGUGUGGACAACCUAGAUAAGGUGAUUGGAACAUACAGCUGCAGAAGGAUGACUGCCCACUGGCCCCUGGUCAUCUUCCACAACAUCAUUGAUGUUUCCUCCUACAAUGCCUUUGUGAUUUGGAGAGAGAUCAACCCGACCUGGAUGUCUCAUAAGCAGAACAAGAGGAGGGUGUUCCUGGAGCAGCUGGGAAAGGCACUUGUAAUUCCACUCAUUGAAAGAAGGAAGCAUGUCCCCCGCACAGAAGCCUCAGCAGCAGUUGUGAAAGCUAUUCAGAGUGCAGGAGCUCCUGAUCAACCUGAGGAUCCAGCUACCACAGCCACUUCCCCAGCUAGGGCAAGUAAGAGGAAGAGAUGUCAGUUCUGCCCUCAAAAGAAGGACUGUAAAACACAUACUGUGUGCUGCAGGUGUAAGAAAUAUAUCUGCAAAGGCUGCGCACUUGCAUACUGCCCUACAUGUGCCAAUUAGUUGAAUGGGUUAUGUUAUUUUUCAUAUUUUUGUAUUGUAAAUUGUCUUCAAUUGUUCACUGGAGAAAGAAAAGAAAGAAACUGAGUCAUUGGGAUGAAUAAAAAUGCAUUCAAAACUC